CGAUCCUAGUUACACCACCAAGAGGAAUUCUGGGUAUUACCACGAAGCACACCCUCCAAUCUCAUCCCUCCCGAAAAAUCCUAUAAAGCAGAACGAACCAUGCCAACCACCGGCCUUAUCGUAUGCAGCACACGUUCACCCCGUGCCGGCCUUCAAAUAAGCACCUUCAUCCACGAGACCAUCAAGCAGGCACAUCCACAAUCAAGCAUCACAGUCAUUGAUCUCGCGGAGUGGAACCUGCCACUAUAUAAUGAGCCGGGGAUCCCGUCGCGUAUCACAUCAGCUGAGGGUUACGUGCACGAGCACACCAAGGCCUGGUCGCGGGAGAUUUCGCGCUACGAUUCGUUCAUCUUCGUCACCCCCCAGUAUAACUGGGGAUACCCUGCGAGUCUCAAGAAUGCGAUCGACUACCUCUUCAAUGAAUGGAAGGGGAAGCCGGCGAUGGUUGUCAGCUACGGCGGUCAUGGGGGUGGCAAAGCCGCGGCGCAGUUGCAGCAGGUGCUGCAGGGAUUGAGGAUGGUGCCCCUGGAAAGCACUGUGGGAUUGACAUUCCCCGAGAAGGAGAUCAUGGCACGCGCCGCGAUGGGGAAGGAUCUGGGGUUGGGAGGAGAGGGGGGUUUCUGGGCCGGAGAGAAGGAAGCAAUCCAGCGUUUGUUCGGGGAAUUGGUGGGAGUUGUGGAAAAAUCGAGUUGA